AUGACGCUGCCUUUGGACCUUGCUCGAAUCACCCUCUACAAGAACAACCUGGCGUUCUGUGUCAGAGAGGGCAGGCUGGGCGACGGUGCGGCCGGCGACUUCGAGCUUCGGGUUCCUGAGGCUCGCCGGAAGCUGGUGGUGAACACACUUUCAGCCUCGGCACCGGGCGGGGCCUCUAUCAUCUUUGGCAAGGACAGCAAGGCGCCCUCCGUGGCAUCCGGAUCUUCCUAUCCCUUCAACCAUGCCUCCAUGGGCAGUUUCCUGGAGUCGUGCCGGGGAGUGCAGCUUACUUUGAGUCUCGUUGACAAGAGGACGGUGACGGGCAAAAUGCUCAUGGUAGAACGUGCGAAACGGGCAAUAGAAGGCUGCAAGGAAUCGGAGGAAUAUGUUGCAACGGUGCAUCUCUUUGAAGAGCAAUGGGGCAUCAUUCACAAGGUCCGAUUCGAGGAGAUAGCUCAAGUCUCCCUGGUGGACACCAUCAUGCAGGAAGAGCUCAGCAAGUCUUUGACGACAGCUUUGACCAACCAGAUGCCGAAGCCCCCGCCACCUCCCAAAGAUAGUCGGGAGGCAAUCUCAAUUCGAGCCAGAGGCGACACAGAGAGCCUUUGCCGUGCCUCUUAUGUGGACCGCUGCGAGGAGUGGAAGUGCAUGUACCGCCUCGAUCUGCCGAGGGAAGAAGCUGAUGCCGUCCUGGUCAGUGCGGACAUGGACGUCGAUCACGGCGGAAUAACGCUACACACCUUCGGCCACGUGAGGAACAGCACGGACGACCACUGGAUUGACGUGGAGCUUGAUCUGGUCGCAAAUGAGCUCUCGAUCCUGGCACUGGGCGCGGAACCUGCUAGACAAGAGCUGGCCAAGAUCGUGAAUGAGGCUCGAACGACUGGUGGGGGAAUGCAGAUUUUCAUCAAAACGCUCACGGGCAAGACCAUCACAUUGGAGGUGAGCCCCAGUGAUUCGGUCGAGAAUGUCAAAAGCAAAAUCCAGGACAAGGAGGGCAUCCCACCGGACCAGCAGCGCCUCAUAUUCGCUGGGAAGCAGCUUGAGGAGUAUUUCAAGCUUGCAGAUUACAACAUCCAGAAAGAAUCCACUCUACACCUGGUCCUGCGCCUCAGGGGCGAGGCGGCUGGAGAGCAAAAGCCUGGCAAGGACUGUUUCGAAUCCUUGGAAGGCCUUGCCACCAAGGGCCUUGCAGAACACGUGUUGUACCACGUGCAAGACAAGGUGACCAUACACUCCAAGGAGACGGCCAUCGUCCCCAUCUUUCAACACAGCAUUAGGGGCGACCGGGUCCUUGUCUAUGACCCCAAGGAAUCUGAGGUCUGUGUGAAGCGCGCGGUGCACGUGGUGAACACCUCGGCCCACGUGCUCGCUAACGGUAGCGUCAACGUGUUGGACGGCGGCCGCUUCGUUGCCCAGUGCCAGUUUGCGCCGAUGAUUCCGGGUGACGAUCAACUCUUUGAGCUCGGGGAGGACACAACCGUCUCCGUGACGCGCCUGAAGCCCGCGGAGAUGCAGGAGGACCGCGUGGUGCGGACACGAGUGGAGCAAGAUGAGCACGGACGGCUCAGCAAGGUUGUCCUAGAUCAUCGCAACCGUGUGACCACUCUGUACAGCAUCAAGAACAACGGAAGUCGGAGCGCCCCCUGCCUCUAUAUCGAGCAUACGGCGCGCACGGACUGCGGAGGCUUCUCCAUAACUUCUACGGAGCACCGUGUGAAGCAGACGACGGGCUGGGCGCGCUUCUGCCUCUCUGUGAAUCCCGAGGCAGAGCUUUCCUUGGAGGUAGCCGAGGAAGCCAACUACGAGGAGAGCCUUCCCGUAACAGCGCCGAGCAUCUCCAAGUUCCUGACGACCCGUGCCCGGCGUCUCCAAGACGACGGGGUCCUCAGUGGCGAGUGCUUCGGGGCUCUGAAGCGGAGCCUGGGACAACUCCGCCUCGCCACUAUGCUUCAGGUCCUGGUCCAGCCGCGACAGGUCUCCGAGGAGCAGCUCCUGGGCUGGGAGCAGCGCGACGUCCCCUGGGCACUGGACGAGCCCUGCGAGGACCCGGACGGCUUUGCCACCGAGGUGAGGGAGAUCAUGGCCCAGACACGCGAGCUCCAGCGCCAGGAUGCAGAGAUCCAGGAGAUCCAGCGCAAACAGGCUUUGGACGGCAGCCGCGUCAACAAGAUCUUUGAAAACCAGAAGCGCCUGCGUGAGAACAUCAAGUCCAUGGAACAUGUUCGAACAGGAUCUCUUCUUGAGCGGUACAUGAAUGACAUGGACAAGGAAGAGAACGAUUUGAUAGCAACUCGCAAGAGGAUGGAGGAGUCGGAGGAGACUGUGGCGAAGAUGACACAUGAAGCCUCCAGGCUUAUGCUGCAAAUCAUCAUGAAGACCAAGCAGCUGCAAAAGAAGGCCAAGUGCCGAUGA